AUGGCAAGAAAAAUAUUUAGAAUCAGAGCUGUAACGUUUAUUACAUUAUUAGUUAUAUGCAUUGUUCCUUUUUUCUGUUUAUUUUUUGUAACGGUUAAAAUGAUGAAUGAACCGCCCAAGAAUGACAGAGAAGAAUUACUUAACCGAAUUAAUCAGUACAUAAAAUCCGAAAAUAAAAACUUGGCCCAUGAGGGUUUAGCAUGCAGAGUUCCUAUUUUAGAUGUAAAUGCAAAAGAAAUUUUGGAUCUUAUUCAACCAGUUCCUAAAGUCAUUUGCAAUAAAACAAAAGAUUGGGUCGAAGUUCAUGGAAGCAUAUUAAAAAUAUCAGAAUGGGCCAAAAUAAAAUACGGUUUUAUUAAAUGUUCUUUCACCGAUAUCAUAAGAGAAACCGAUCAUGUUCAACAUCAGGGAAUGACGACAUCGAGUAGCACAGAAUAUAAUUUAGAAAAUAGUGAUGUUGUACAAGUUUUUUGCAUGUCUGAAAAUGUACAGUAA